AUGCCUUUCACUGUACAGCUUUCAAAGUUCGGUCCUAAAGGAUCAUGGGCGGUCAUCACCGGGGCUUCCGAUGGCAUUGGGAAAGAAUACGCUCUUCAAAUCGCAAAGAAAGGAUAUAAUUUGAUUCUCGUCUCGCGAACCGCGUCCAAACUAGAGUCGGUCUCCUCGCAAGUCAAGUCUUCCUCGCCGAAUGCUGUGGUCGAGACACUGGCAAUGGAUUUCUCCAAGAACCUUGACUCAGACUAUAACGCCCUAGCUUCCCAUGUACAAGGCAAAAAGGUGGCCAUCUUGGUCAACAACGUGGGUCAAAGCCACAGUAUCCCAGUUCCCUUUGCCGAAACAUCCCUCUCGGAAAUGUCGAAUAUCAUCAAUAUCAACUGUCUGGGCACACUUCGCGUCACGCAGACGGUUCUCCCAAGCAUGUUGCCACAAAAGAGAGGGCUGAUCUUGACGAUGGGCUCAUUUGGUGGAUUGACACCCACGCCGUUGUUGGCCACAUACUCGGGCUCAAAGGCAUUCUUGCAACAAUGGUCCAGCGCCCUAGCAUCGGAACUAUCCUCGUCAGGCAUUGAUGUUUUCUUCGUCCACUCCUAUCUUGUCACUUCCUCAAUGUCCAAAAUCCGACGAGCCAAUUGGCAAGUCCCAUCAGAGAGAGCAUUUGUGAAAUCUGCUUUGGCAAAAAUCGGGCAAAGAGGUGGAAGCAUCGGAUAUUCAUACAGUGGCAGUCCAUACUGGAGCCACGCACUCGUCGCAGCGUUCAUCACUGGUGUCCUAGGACCUAUGAGCACCAUUCUCUUGGGAAUUAACAAGAAGAUGCAUGUGGACAUUCGGAAGAGAGCUCUCAAAAAAGCUGAACGAGAGGGUCAGAAGGGAAAGAAAAACACAUGA